AUGCAGGUAUCAGAGAUAGGCGAUGAGCGCCCCAUUUCUUCCUGUGCUCUCUCCCCCGACGCAUCUCUUAUCGCCACCUCGGGGUGGAGCGGCGCUUGUAGCCUCUGGUCGCAGCCAGCUGUGCAGGCGGCGGGCGCACUGCGCGGCCACUCAGAGCGCGCCACAUGUCUGGCCUGGCACCCCCACGCGCUCUCCUCUCUCCCCGCCUCCGGCCCCAACCUUGCCACGGCUGGUGCUGACAGGUACGACAGGUGCAGGAAUGGGGGGCAGGUCUAG